UACCGCUAGACACGAAUGCUUGACAGCCUUGCCUGAAAGGCUUUCAUGUUUAUGUUGUAAAUUUAUUGGAAUUUUCUACACUUAAUCGGUUUUCUGAUUUUAAUAUUCUCGAUAUUUUCAAUGAAUCUGACUCUGUAGUUCAGCCCAGUCUGCUUCGGUUUAGAAUGGCCAGCCCGUCGCCGUCGAACAGCCCUAUGCCUCCUCCACCGCAGACUCCCAGUCCCAUGGGCAUUCCGCCUUCACAGAGCCCGGCCCCUCCUUCGCCGGCUUCACAGGGCCCCUACGCUCAAGGACCGCCGCCCCAACAAGGUCCGCCUCAAAAUCCGAGUCAUCCACAAUAUGGGGUUUACGCCAAUCAUGGGCCUGACGGUCCUCCUUCACACGUGGGGCCUCAUGGAAUGCCUACGCCCCACCACCCCCAGCAGGGCUAUCCGCCGCCUCAAAACCACCAAGUUUGGCCCCCUCAGCAUCAAAGCCACGGGCCAGCGCCACAACAGGGACAUCUGGCGCCCCCUCAAGGCCACCCGGCCCAAAAUGCGUCCCCCGGCCACCCACAGGGACAUUUGCCGUCGCAGCAGCAGCCUCCUCAAGGAUACUCUCCGCAUCCUCAAAGCGGCCCGCCCGCUCAGUACCCGCAACAUCCGGGAGGACCGCCUCCUCAUGGCCUGCCUCCGCAGCACAGCGCUCAACAUCCUGGUGGCCAUGGAAUGCCUCCUCAAAGUGCAUAUCAGGGACAUCCAGGCUUCGCAGCGCCCAGCCGACAAAAUCCAACUUCACCAGGACCGCAACAGCCCCCUCCUUCUCAGAUGGGUCAGGGCCUAAGACCUCCCAUGCCCACCUCAGAAAAUCUAAAUGCUUUGCAGAAAGCCAUCGAUACUAUGGAGGAAAAGGGCAUGCAAGACGACCAGAGGUACUCCCAGUUGCUUGCUCUACGGGCAAGAACGACCCAGGCUCAGAACAAUUCCGUCCUGAAUAACAUCCAGAUGGGACAGCUUCGCAACCAGAUCAUUGCUUACCGGUGUUUGGCUCGAAACCAGCCGAUUCCUCAUCCCGUGAUGAUGGCGCUGCAAGGAAAACGGCCGGAUGGUUCUCCGCAGUUUCCCACGCCGCCCACAAGUCCUUUCCAGCAAGGUCAGCCCGGAGAACAACCGGCUCCAGCGGCUGAAGGGCCUGGUAAGUCUAUCCUGAACGCCUUUUGUGCGAUUCUAGCUCGAAUUCUUAUAGUCGCCGACGCUAACAAGCCGGGAUCAUCGCAGCAAAGGCCCCCUGGCGGCCAGCUAGUUCCAGCUAAACAAUCGCGAAUCACCACCAUGCCGAAACCAUGUGGAAUCGACCCCAUUGUCUUGCUGCAAGAGCGAGAAAAUCGCGUUGCAGCCCGAAUAGCAGCCAGAAUUGAACAAGUGAGCAAUCUGCCGUCGGAUAUCAGCGAAAAGCUUCGACUGCAGGCCCAGAUCGAGCUAAGAGCGCUGAGAUGCCUGAACUUUCAACGACAACUACGGAGCGAGAUUCUGAGCUGCAUUAGGCGCGAUACCACCUUGGAAACCGCCGUUAAUAUCAAGGCUUACAAGAGAACCAAACGACAAGGUUUGCGAGAGGCUCGCGCUACAGAAAAGUUGGAAAAGCAACAGAAGCUGGAGGCGGAGAGAAAGCGCAGGCAGAAGAACCAGGAGUUCCUCAACUCCGUCCUGCAGCAUGCCAAGGAGUUCAAAGAGUUCCACAAGGCGACACAAGCGAAGGUGGCCAAAGUGAAUAAGGCGAUAUUGAACUACCACGCCAACGCCGAAAGGGAGCAAAAGAAGGAGCAGGAGAGAAUCGAAAAGGAGCGAAUGAGAAGAUUAAUGGCUGAAGAUGAGGAAGGCUACCGCAAACUGAUCGAUCAGAAGAAAGACAAACGACUGGCCUUCUUGCUAUCCCAAACCGACGAAUACAUUGCCAGUCUAACGGAAAUGGUGCGUCAGCACAAGGAAGAACAAGCGCAUAAGAAGAAGGAGGAAGAGCGCCGGAAGAAGCGCCAGCAGCGCAUGCAGGAGCCCGACCGGAAGGUGACCGUCAUGGAAAUUGCCACGGGCAAAAAGCUGAAGGCCGAGAACGCUCCUACUUUCCGAGAACUACAAGAGUGGCUGAAAAUUCACCCGGGCUAUGAAAUGGUCGAUACAGACGAUGAAGAUGAAGAUGACUACAAAGAAGGUAAGACUCAGGAGGAGGAAGAGGAGGCGAUGAAGAUUAUCAAAAAAGCCAAAGCAGAAGACGACGAAUAUCAAAGAAACGCCAAGGAGGAACAGACCUAUUACUCAAUAGCCCAUACGGUGCAUGAAAUCGUUACGGAACAGGCCUCGAUUUUGGUUAACGGCAAACUCAAGGAGUAUCAAGUGAAAGGUCUGGAGUGGAUGGUGUCUUUGUACAACAACAACCUGAACGGGAUUCUGGCCGAUGAAAUGGGGUUGGGAAAAACUAUCCAAACCAUUGCCUUGCUCACCUACCUAAUGGAGAAAAAGAAAGUCAACGGCCCCUUCUUGAUUAUCGUCCCUCUUUCCACGAUUUCAAAUUGGAUGCUGGAGUUCGAGAAAUGGGGCCCAUCAGUGCAGGUUAUAGCCUACAAAGGAACUCCAGGUGUAAGGCGCACAAUCCAGGCUCAAAUGCGGCAGGCAAAGUUCAACGUGCUUCUCACCACUUACGAGUACAUUAUCAAGGACAAAAGCGUGCUCUCCAAGGUCCCCUUCAAGUACAUGAUCAUCGAUGAAGGCCACAGGAUGAAAAAUCACCACUGCAAGCUAACGCAAGUGUUAAACACCCAUUACUUGGCGCCCCAUCGGCUGCUGCUGACCGGCACGCCGCUGCAAAACAAGCUUCCCGAACUGUGGGCGCUACUGAACUUCCUGCUGCCUUCCAUCUUCAAGAGCUGCUCCACUUUUGAGCAAUGGUUCAACGCCCCCUUUGCCACAACGGGAGAAAAGGUCGAGCUCAACGAGGAAGAGACCAUUCUGAUCAUUCGUCGUCUGCACAAAGUGCUGCGCCCUUUCCUGCUAAGACGUCUGAAGAAGGAAGUCGAGUCUCAGUUGCCCGAAAAAGUGGAAUAUAUCAUCAAGUGCGACAUGUCCGGAUUGCAAAAAGUGCUCUAUCAGCACAUGCAGAGCAAGGGCGUUCUUUUAACGGAUGGAUCUGAGCGCGGACACGCUGCUAGAGGAAAAGGUGGAUCGAAAGCUCUGAUGAACACAAUCGUGCAGUUGCGAAAGCUCUGCAAUCAUCCCUUUAUGUUCCAAAACAUUGAGGAAAAGUACUGCGAACAUGUGGGCGUGCCUGGCGGAAUUAUGUCGGGCCGAGACACUUUCAGAGCUUCCGGUAAAUUCGAGCUACUGGAUCGCAUCCUGCCAAAGCUGAAGCUCACCAAUCAUCGGGUGCUUCUUUUCUGUCAAAUGACCCAGCUGAUGACCAUCAUGGAAGACUAUUUGAACUGGAGAGGGUUCAAGUACCUGCGAUUGGACGGUACCAUCAAGGCAGAAGACCGAGGCGAUUUGCUGAAGAAGUUCAACGAUAAGAACAGCGAGUAUUUCCUGUUUUUGCUCUCUACUCGGGCGGGAGGUUUGGGUUUGAACCUGCAAACCGCCGACACUGUGGUGAUCUUCGACUCCGAUUGGAACCCUCAUCAGGAUCUGCAAGCUCAAGACCGCGCCCAUCGGAUAGGACAGCAAAACGAAGUACGCGUCUUGAGGCUGAUGACCGUGAACUCGGUGGAAGAGCGGAUUCUCGCUGCGGCCAAAUACAAACUCACCAUGGACGAAAAAGUCAUCCAGGCCGGAAUGUUCGAUCAGAAGUCCACCGGGUCGGAGCGACAGCAGUUUUUGCACGCUAUUUUGCACAACGAUGGCACAGACGAAGAGGAGGAGAACGAGGUGCCCGAUGACGAAACUGUUAACCAAAUGGUAGCCAGGAAUGAGGAUGAGUUCCAGCUGUUCCAGAAAAUGGAUGUCGAGCGACGGGAGGAGGAAGAGCGAAACGGCAUGAUGAAUAGGCUGAUACAGGAAGAAGAGUUGCCUGACUGGCUGGUUAAGGAAGACGACGAAGUCGACACCUGGAAGUUCGAAGAAGACGACGUAAUAUUAGGACGCGGUACCAGGCAAAGAAAAGAAGUGGAUUAUGCGGACAGCCUGACUGAGAAGGAAUGGCUAAAGGCAAUUGAUGAAGACGGCGACUACGACGACGACGAAGAAGAGGAGGAGAAACUGAAGCAAAAGCGGCGCGGAAGAAAGCGCAGGAAGCGGGAGGAAUCUGACGAAGAUGAGCCUCCGCAGCGACGCAAACGGAAGGCCACUAGCAUGGCGAGCGAGGUUAAGAUGAAGCGAAAAAUGAAGAAACUGAUGAGCGUUGUAAUCAACUAUAACGACAGAGACGAGCGGCAGCUGAGCGACCAGUUCAUGCGCCUGCCCAACCGCAAAGAGUACCCGGAGUACUACUCGAUCAUCAAAAAACCGAUCGACAUCAACAAGAUCAUGAACUACAUUGAAGAUGGAAAGUAUUCCGACUUCAGCGAUCUGGAGCGCGACUUUAUGCUCCUGUGCCAAAACGCCCAGAUCUUCAACGAGGAGGCUUCGAUUAUUCACGAAGACAGUAUCGUGUUGCAGUCGGUGUUUUCAAACGCCCGAUCUAAAAUUGAAGGCGACAACUCUGACGAUGAGGACAAGAACGAUUCGGAUGAGGACCCAGAGCCAACCCCGAAGAAGAAAAAGGAAAAAGAACCCAAGGAGAAAAGAAAACGCGGCAGACCAAAGCGAGUUGUGAAGAAAUACGUAUCGGACGACGACGACGACGAUUAAAGUACAUUCUAUUCAUUUAAUGCUCGAUUAAUGUUUUUUAUUUUGGCUAAAGCGGCAGGUUUUCAAUGACCAUUCCAAUCGUAGGCCUUAGAGGAAGUUCCUAAGCCACUAAAGCCUGGUGUCGCCCAAUUUAAGCCUUUUUGCGUUAUUUAUGAUAGAUUUUAGGUUCAGAUCAAAGCAGAUACGGGUGGGCCGAUUAGGGGAAGGUCGCAGAAAAGUGGCCGCAAACUAAGGGUUGAGUAGCAGUUUUGAGCUUAAUAGUUUUUUUCAGUUCAAGGAUGUAGGUAUUUUUUAAACCACUUUAUAGUGCGCCACUUUAUAGCGCAGGCCGCCCUGUAUUUUACGAGUGCAACAUUUUUUUCUUAGGUUUAGCUGAUUUAGGAAUUUGGUCGCCCAUUGAUUGCGGCUAAAACGCCAAGUCUCGUCUAACUCGACAGACUUGGCGUCAGGGCCGCCUUUUAGGGGCUAGUCGUAGUGGUUACAACCUUAUUCUUGUAUAACAGGCUUAGAAUGUAGUUGCCCUUACGAUCUAGUAGUAAUAAAGGUAUACGAAUUGGGA